GUUCAGUUUCGGCACUACUCGGCGUCACCACAGUCGGACCGGUACGGCCGUCGUCGUGCAUUUAACGUCGAAUUUUAUGUUAUUGUUGUAGUAAUAUUAUAUUGUAAUUAUUAUUAACCAUAACCGCCGACGGUUUUUUUUCUUCAUCUCGCCGACCGUGUUGGGUGCCGGUUUUUUACAGUGAAAAGAAAUAAGAAUAUGUUAAAAAAUUACAGUAGGUAAUGUUAAUAAUUACAAUGCCAUAAAAUAACAUGAUAUGCCGCGACGACGAGAGGAGGUACCCCACACCUGUGCCAUGUCAAUAAUAUUGAUAACGGAUUGAUAAAGAACUGAGAAGAGAGUCUAUCGGAACGUCAAAUAUUUUUAUGACCGUUUUGUUGUCGUGCCGAGAAUCGUGUUAUUGCCGAGUAAAAUAUAACCCUCGAUCGACAGUCCUGGAUCCCUGAAGCUGGAUAGUGGGCCCGUCCGCAGAACCACUACAGUCAUCGCUCAACGACGCUUUGCGCACCAGGUAAACAUCAGUAAAAAUGUCACAUCACAGUGAUGACAAUAUGUUAAUAGCAAGUAGUGAUUCGUUUUGGGAACCUGGCAAUCACAAACGCACAACUAAACGUAUCGAAGAUGGCUAUCGAUUAUGUAAUGAUCUUAUUACCCUCAUACAAGAACGAUCAGAUAUCGAAAAAGCAUAUUCCAAGAGCUUAAAAGGGUGGUCCAAGAAAUGGAAUGAAAUUAUUGAAAAAGGUCCAGAAUAUGGAACGACAGAAGCAGCUUGGAAGGGUGUACUAGUUGAAGCGGAUAGACUAUGUGAUUUGCACAUAAGAGUGAAGGAUGACUUGUGUAACGAUAUAAUGCAACAAGUAAAGACGUGGCAAAAAGACAAUUAUCAUAAGACUGUUUUACACAUAAAAGAACGAAAAGAAAUGGAAGAAUCAUUUAAAAAAGCUCAAAAACCUUGGUGCAAACUAUUGACUAAGGUUAACAAAACAAAAAAUGAGUACCAUAUUGCAUGUAAGGCAGAGAAAUCAGCUUCAAACCAAGAACGAAAUGCAUCUGCUGACAGUUCCUUAUCUAUGGAUCAAGUAAAAAAAAUGCAAGAUCGUGUAGCCAAAUCGAAAGAAGAAGUACAGAAAGCCAAAGAAAAGUAUGAAAUGGCUCUACAAGAAUUAAAUGCAUACAAUCCAAAAUAUAUGGAAGAUAUGACAGUUGUAUUUGACCGAUGCCAAGAAACGGAAGCUAGAAGAUUACAGUUUUUUAAAGACACCCUGUUUACAAUACACAAGUGCCUAAAUGUUUCUCAAGACCCUGUAUUGCCUCAGAUUUAUGAAGAGUUUUAUCAUACUAUCAAUAAUGCCGAUCACGAGAAAGAUUUACGGUGGUGGUCAAAUAAUCAUGGUGUCAAUAUGGCCAUGAAUUGGCCCUUAUUUGAGGAUUAUACAGAAGAGUUCCGGGAUAUAUCCAAGGGCAAAACCAAAGAAUCUAUACCUGCUGGAACAAUAACAUUAAUCAAUCAACGAUCAGUCGGUGAAGAUUUGCAUGUAAAUGAUUUGCAUACAACUCAUCCAAAAAUAAAUAGCAAAAAGCCAACUGUUGCAUUAUCGCGAUCAAAUGAUAGUACCGAUGACCAUAAGCAAUCAACAGAAAAAUCAAAUGGAACAAAAUCGCAUCCAAUAACCAAUGGAGCGUCCAAUAGCCAAACCCCAGAUUCAAACCCAUUUGAGGAGGAGGAAUGGGAUGAGGAAGAAGGAGUUGGUCCCGAUGGUGCGCUUGUGGACAACGGUGAGCCCGGUGUACCUGUAAAAGCACUCUAUGAUUAUGAGGGUGCUGAAGCUGAUGAGCUCAGUUUCAAACAAGGGGAGUUAUUUGAAAAAUUAGAAGAUGAAGAUGAACAAGGCUGGUGCAAGGGACGUAAGGAUGGCCGAGUCGGAUUAUACCCAGCCAAUUAUGUAGAAUCAGUAUCAUAAACAGAUUGAUUAGUUUUUAAUAUCAAAUAGUAUGUAUAAUAUAUUU